AUGGAUAAACGAAUGGAAAAUUCCGCCACACGUGAGUUACGGUCUGUGAUUCGUUUUUUAAAUGCAAAGAAUGUCAAACCAGUUGAUACUCGUCGUCAAAUUUGUGAAGUUUAUGGAGAAAAUGCGAUGAGCGAUUCAAUGGUUAGGAGAUGGGUGCGACUUUUCAAUGAAGGCCGUACAAAUGUUCGCGAUGAAGAACGAACUCCGGGCGACCGUCUUUGGCCCGCACACGGCAAAUGUGACGAAACAACUUCUUGCAGAUUUUGCACGGGGACAAUUUAA